AUGGCGAGUGGUAAGACGAGGUUCUUGGAGGUGGCACUAAUGGUGAUGUUGGUGCAGUGGUGGGGGUAUAAUGGUAACUUAGCUGAGGGAUAUCCAGAAGAAGAUUUGGUGACGAAGCUGCCUGGACAACCGGACGUGGCAUUUCGACAAUUCGCUGGUUAUGUCGACGUCGACGUCAAAGCUGGUCGAAGCCUCUUCUAUUACUUCGUAGAAGCUGAGAAGCAACCACACACUAAACCCUUAACCCUUUGGCUCAAUGGAGGACCAGGAUGUUCUUCCAUUGGAGGAGGAGCUUUCACAGAGUUGGGUCCAUUUUACCCAACCGGAAAUGGUCGUGGCCUCCGCAUAAACUCCAAAUCUUGGAACAAAGCCUCGAAUCUACUGUUUGUUGAUUCACCGGCUGGAGUAGGAUGGUCUUACUCGAACAGAACUUCCGAUUACACCACUGGCGAUGAAACCACGGCCAAGGAUAUGUUGGUGUUCAUGUUAAGAUGGUUAGAGAAGUUUCCAGAAUUCAAGACUCGAGACCUUUUUCUCGCCGGCGAAAGCUACGCAGGACACUAUAUACCUCAACUAGCUGAUGUAAUACUCGAAUACAACGCACGACGCUCUAACAGAUUCAAGUUAAAGCUCAAAGGCAUUGCAAUUGGGAAUCCGCUUCUGAAGCUUGACCGGGAUGUUCCAGCCACGUUUGAGUUCUUUUGGUCACAUGGGAUGAUCUCUGACGAACUUGGCCUCACUAUCAUGAACGAAUGCGACUUUGAAGAUUACGGACACAACACAAGCAAAUCUUGCGAAGACGCAAUGAAUGAAGCUGGAACAGUCAUCACUCAAUACGUCAAUUACUACGACGUCCUCCUUGAUGUCUGCUACCCGACCCUCGUCGAGCAAGAGCUCAGGCUCAAGAAAAUGGGCACAAAGAUGAGUGUUGGGGUGGACGUGUGCAUGAGCUAUGAAGAGCAAGUGUAUUUAACUCUUCCUGAGGUUCAAAAGGCUCUUCAUGCUAACCGGACCAAUCUGCCAUAUUCAUGGUCUAUGUGCAGCGGCCUCUUGAAAUACAAUGAUACUGAUAUGAACACGAACAUACUUCCGAUUCUUAAGAAAAUUGUGAAGAGAAAAAUCCCUAUUUGGGUCUUCAGUGGGGAUGAAGAUUCCGUGAUUCCACUUCUAGGUUCAAGAACUCUAGUAAAAGAACUUGCGGAAGAGCUCAAUUUCAACACCACAGUUCCCUAUGGAGCUUGGUUCCACAAAGGACAGGUCGGCGGAUGGGUAACAGAGUAUGGGAAUCUACUGACGUUUGCAACGGUUAGAGGAGCGGCUCAUAUGGUGCCUUACGCGCAGCCUUCACGAGCUUUGCAUUUGUUCACCAGCUUUGUGCUUGGCCGGAGACUGCCACACAAAUCGCCUCCUGCUCUCCAUGAUUGA